UAACUUGCGUUACCCAACACUAAACAGAUUGUGGCUUUGAAAAAUCAGUCAAAAUCAGGUAAAUUCUGCUAUAAUGCACUCGUAAACGCACAAAAAUCACAGACAAAAAAAGAAAAGAUGGAAUCCUCAUCGAAGGACCCUUCCUCGGAAGGCGAACUGCCCGAGGACGAAGGCAAAACGGAUUCAGAACCCAGCAAAAUAUCGCGGCUGUUGCGAACGGAAUUCGAUGCCAAAUACCAGAUCGUGAACCUGCAGACUCCUCUCAAUGCCUUUAUGUCGGGCCAUUACAAGCAGAGCUUUGCCUUCUUCACACUCCGGAGUCGGCUGCCCGUGAUCCUGACCAACGUGAUAGACACGCUGACCCGGGACAAAUCCGAGCUGGUAGCCCAAUUCGCCUCAAAUGAAUUUUCACAGGCUGCCCGCGAGGAGCUAAAGAUCAUUAUUGGAUUGAUCUCCAGGCUAAAGUACGAGCUGCAAACGGACAAAUCGUUUCAAAACUUUACAGGCGAAGAACCCGAUCGAGAAGUUUGGAACAACUUUAUCAGCAACCUGCCCGAUGGCGAACGCAGCUUCUACAAAGCCAGCUCCCUCCAUGCCGAGUGCUAUCUCCACCGCAAACUCCACUCCUUUCUGGAGAACAGCGUAUUUCUGAAGUCCUACGAUUUCUUUGCCAAAGUCAAGGAGCAGGCGCUCACGGACAGCAUUGAUGAUAUACUGGCCCUGACCAAGUACACACGACGAUCAGAGAACAGCGUGGAGGUGUUCGACGAGCUUGUAAGAAUCAACAUGUGGAGCAACUGCAAUGAUGUGGCGACCGACACAGAGACAGUCAAGCAAUCAAACCGCCAGGUGCUGGAGAAAGUGGCAAACACCGAUGAGCGCGUACUGGUUAACCAGGCCGCGGAGAUCUGGAGGUGCUUGGAAAACCCUAAACUGAAGAAGCAUAAGCAGGUGGACUUCAUACUGGACAAUGCAGGCUACGAACUCUUUAGUGACUUUAUCCUGGCUGAGUUCAUGAUUGAGAAGGGACUGGCCGAAAAGGUGCGGUUCCAUGUGAAGGCGCACCCUUGGUUUGUCACCGAUGUGACGGAGCGGGACUUCAAGUGGACGCUGGAGUACUUGAGUGAGCAUGCGGACUACAUUAUAAGUCUGAUAGGAAAGAAGUUCUUACAAUUCAUCGAUGAGGGAAAGUUCGAACUGGCGCCAAUCUCGCAUUUCUGGACAUCACCACAUUCGUUUUACAGCAUGGCGCAAAUGGAUCCAGAUUUGUAUAGUUCCCUGCAGCUAUCCAAGCUGGUGGUCUUCAAGGGGGAGCUCAACUAUCGCAAGCUGCUGCAGGACGUCUGCUGGGACCCCACCCAGGAACUGAGCACCUGCCUCCGUGGCUUCCUUCCCAGCAACAUUUGUGUGCUGCGGCGGGUCAAGAGCGAAGUUAUCUCCGGCCUGCCCGAGGGCGUUGGCCAGGCGCUGAGUGGGAAGGAUCCGCGCUGGAUGGUCUCGGGCAGUUAUGGGGUCAUUCAGUUCGUUGACGGAACUCGUGAAUUUGGCUAUUAAUCUUGUACAGUCUGGGCAGUUUAAAUUAUUGGUAAUAAAUAGGCGUUACAUAUCUAGAA